UGCUUUCCCUUCCCUGGAUGAACAACAUUACAAGUUUAGAACAGCAUCCAAACAACACAAGAUACUUCCUUUCAAUCACUCACUCCAGUGGUGGUGAGCACUAGUGACAGGCCGGUCAGUUAGUGAAAGUUGCAAACUUUGCAAUAAUCACAAGUUCAUAAGAAGAAGCAGCUAGAAGAUCAUGGGGAAGGUUUGGACAAUCCUCACUCACCUUCACUCCCUUGCAGGGCCUACCGUCAUGCUGCUGUACCCCUUGUAUGCGUCGGUGCAGGCGAUGGAGAGCCCGUCGAAGCUCGACGACGAGCAGUGGCUGGCCUACUGGAUCCUCUACUCGUUCAUCACCCUCAUGGAGAUGGUUCUUGAAUCCCUCAUCUACUGGAUCCCAAUCUGGUACGAGCUGAAGCUGCUGUUCAUCGCGUGGCUGGCGCUGCCGAACUUCAGGGGAGCGGCGUUCAUCUACGACAAGUUCGUCAGGGAGCAGCUCAGGAAGCAUGGCCUCGCCGGCGCCGGCUCCGGCGACACCGCCGCCGUGGGGAAGAAGGACAAGUCGUCGCCGUCGUCUUCUCCAAAGGAUAAGGAGAAGACCAAGAGCAAGUUCCUCUCUUUUGUCACUCCCAAGAAGGAUCAUGAAGCUUACUGAACCAAGAGGCGGUGAUCAAUCAGAUCCCUCAAGAUAGCUUGUAGUGUUGUCUUUACUGUUUCAUUUGUGUUUGUUCCUCUCCUUCAGAAGAGGCAGCUCCAUGUUUGGCCUUGGCCAUCUGAUCUGUGUAUGUCUGAACUUCACUGGAGUGAGGGAAAAAAAGAGCUUAAUUACACCCUGCUGAGUAGUGAAAGUGAUUUGGGUUGAUCUUGUCCUGUAAAUGUAAUUCAGGAUCUCACAUGAGCAGACAAUAAAAGGCACACUGUUCUAGGAGUGACCUUUUUCAGUUGAA